AUGGCCGCAGCCCAGCAAACCGGGGAAGCUCCGUGGCACGAGGCCUUUGGCGAACCCAAGGCCAACGUCUCUUCAGUCCCGGCCGAGACCGUCCUCGCCGAUCUCGAGGGCCAGCCCCUCGGCGCCGCUAAUGCGCACCGCCGAUUCUUACUCGUUGAUGUUCGCCGGACUGACUGGGAAGGUGGCACCAUUGCUUCUUCCAUCAAUUUGCCUGCGCACACCCUCUACCAGACUCGGCCCAUGGUCUACCAGCUCUGCAAGCAGGCAGGCGUAGAGCUAAUUAUUUUCUACUGCGGGAGCUGCGGGGGCCGUGGGCCGAGGGCUGCCGGCUGGAUGCAGGACUACCUUGACGACGUUGGCGAAAAGAAGAUCCAAAGCGUGUAUCUCGAGGGGGUAUAA